GGCUCCUUUCAACUUAACCUCUUCGAGAAUUAAGAACAUGUCAUGGAUACACAUGGAUCGAGAUAUAGAGUACAGUGAGCCAACCGCAAAAUGAUGAAUAAAAAGCAACCAGUUAAUGAAGUUACCUUCAAGAUGCAGCCUACAAAUAAUAAAUUUUCAACUUGGGAUCAGUUGCAAACAAUAAAAACGUUCGACGACGAAUCAAGUGGUAAUGUACACCCUGCAGUAAAGUCCGAAAUUAUCAGUUUUCAAAGUAAAAUUUCCACACCUAUAAGCCUUCUAGUGGAAUCGUUAGUCCAGCAACUUUGCAAACUUUUAGAGCAAGAUGAUUCUCGAGCUACUGAUUUAUACCACACAAUAUGUAGAAAAUUGCAUCAAAUGAACUUGAUAGAUGAAACUUAUUCCAUGGGAGAGUUUGAAGUGAUGCGGAGCCAAUAUCAAAAUGCUUUAUAUCAACUGGUUACAGUUGCCAGAGGUUCUGAUUUACCCAUAAAGUCAUCAAUUUGGCCUUUAUCACAAAGCGCUGCACUUGAAUGGUCAAGAUAUUAUAGGGAAUUUGAUGAAAUCAAUUUUAUUGCUGGAGGUGGUUUUGGAAAAGUGUACAAAGCGCGCCAUAAAUUAGAUGGUUUAGAUUAUGCAAUAAAAAAAGUAUGUAUUAAAUCUUCAAUAGUAGGUAAUGUCAUGGCACAUUUAUCAGAAGUUAAAACAUUGGCUAGUUUGAACCAUACGAAUAUAGUUUCUUACAAAGCUGCAUGGCUAGAACCAUUUUUAGGCAAUAAGGACUGUAAAUUAACCUUAAAAGAUGAAACAAAUUCUGAAAGUGAUUCCACUAUACCUAGUCAAUUGCACACAAAUUUAACCGAGAAUAGUUCAUCUUCCAUAUAUUUUGAAGAUCCAGAAUCUUUAGAAGAAAGUGAGAAUAAUCAUCAAAACCUCACUGAAAAAUCAUGUAAACAAGUCUGUAUGUACAACUCACAGUUUGAUCUAAAAACUAAUAAAUUUGUUGAUUUAAAAUGGGCUACAUUGUAUAUUCAAAUGUCUCUUUGCCAAAUGACCUUACGACAAUGGUUGGAUCAGAGAAACAAAAGUGAUAUUGAUAAGUUUUACAUGCAUUAUAAUAGUGUAAACGAAUGCAUUCAAUAUAUAAGCCUACCUCAUCCUGAUUCAAACGACUCGAAUUUGCUGCAUAUAAAAAUAGUAAUAGAUAUUUUGAAACAAUUAUCCAAAGGUUUGAGUUAUAUACAUUCCAAGGGUAUUGUUCAUCAUGAUAUAAAACCCAGUAACAUAUUUAUUGGUUACAGUGAUGGUAGUAUUAACAUUCAAUUAGGUGAUUUUGGGUUAGCGUGCCCAUUGAAAAAAGUACACACGGAUAAUGGACUUGGGACACCUCUUUAUGCAGCACCUGAACAACUGCGUGGAGAAUGUGAUAUAAAGAGUGAUGUAUAUAGCUUGGGAAUAGUUAUGCUUGAAUUAUUGCAACCUUUCAAUACUGAAAUGGAGCGAAUAGAAAAUCUUAAAGCGUUAAGUAAUGGAAUAAUUGAUGAAGAUAUAAAAAAAUCUUACCCAGAACUUACAAAUCUCUUGUUAAAUUUAACUAGAAAAAGUCCCGUCCAACGCUGUACUACUGAAGAACUUUUACUGCAUUUAGAAAACAUUUAUACCUGCAAUGAGAAUUUUGAAAAAGAUAAAACCAUCAAAAUAUUAAAAAAAGAAGUAGCAGAGCUAGGUGAGAAGCUUAAGGUCAAAGAUAAUGAAAUAGAA